UAACCAGAAGAUUAUAACCAUACACACAAGAUGAACUAAUGGUCAGACAAUCUGAAACGGUUUGAGUUGAGAUUUUCAGUGCAACAUUCAUUCUAGCACAAGGGAGCAUCUCAAUUGUGUUGUGACUUGUGAAGCACAAGACAAAAAUAUAAGUGGUGAAUUUUGAGUAACAGAAACAGGUUUCAUCAAUGAGUUCCAAUCUUGUGUUGAACCCCUUCUUGUCCAACUCUGCCAUUGGAGAAUCAAGAAAACCUCCAAAAAUUCUUUCUUGCGUGGGCCCAUCUCUUCGAAUUCGGUGCUCAUCAGAAUACUCCGUCGCCACUGAGGUAUCUGGAAAGAGUGCUUCACUGACUGGUGGAGCAUAUGAUUUUGGUAGAGCUACUACUUCACUUACUCAAAAAUUGUUGUCUUCUCCAAAGAAGGUGACUUUGGUUCGGCAUGGUUAUAGCACUUGGAAUAAAGAAGGUAGAGUUCAGGGCAGCUCAAACCUGUCAGUCCUAACCGAAGAAGGUAUUGAACAAGCCAGAAAAUGUCGGACAGCUCUGUCUGAGAUGCACUUCGACCAGUGUUUCUCAAGUCCAAUAUCUCGUGCCAAGUCUACUGCUGAAGUCUUAUGGCAAGGGAAAGAGGAGCCUUUGAUUUACCUCGACUCGCUGAAGGAGGCUCAUCUGUAUUUCCUGGAAGGCCUUACAAAUGUGGAUGCCAGGAAACUAUAUCCCAAGGAGUUUGUACAAUGGAGAGAAGAUCCCUCCAAUUUAUGCAUCAAUGGAGUUUAUCCACUAGAGAAGCUGUGGGAGAGAGCUCUUGAAGCUUGGUCGGAAAUCUUACUUACACCGGGAGAAAAUUCAUUGGUUGUGACUCAUAAAUCAAUCUUGAGGGCAAUGAUCUGCACAGCCCUUGGACUUGGCCCAGAGAGGUUCCGAGCAAUGGAUGUCAACAAUGGUGGAUUGUGCGUCUUUAGCUUUAACAAGAAUGGAGAAGCAAUGCUAAAAGCCUUGAAUAUGACUGCCCAUAUGUACACCGAUCACGUCUACCAUUACUAGGUGUUAUAUAUGUGAUGAAGAUGAUGGUUCCUAUUGACAUUAUGCAGAAAUGAAUGCAGCAGAUUAUAACAAGGAUGAAGGAAAUCUAUUAUGAAAUUCGGCUCUCCAACAAAAUAGCUUCAUGACAGUAGAUUAUUAUUGUUGUAAUAUCUAUUUUUGUUUAUGGGACUGUACAUGCACAAUCUGUUUUUAUCUAUUCAUUUGUUAAUAGACACCAUUUUGUAA